AUGGUAGACACAAAGCCAGUAGUAUUCUUCGUCCUCGGUGGUCCAGGUUCAGGUAAAGGAACUCAAUGUGCUAAAAUGGUUGACCAAUACGGAUUCGCUCACUUGUCAGCUGGUGAUCUUCUUAGAGAAGAGGUAAUCUUACUAUUCCAUUUCAUAUCUUUAAUUGAUUAAAAAUAGAGAGAUAGUGGCAGUGAAACAGCUCAAUUAAUUAACCAAUACAUCGUUGAGGGAAAGAUCGUCCCAGUAGAGAUCACUUGCUAACUACUUAAGAAAGGUAUGGAAAAGAAGGGAUGGGCUGAGAAGCGCUUCCUCAUUGACGGCUUCCCACGUAAUCAAGAUAACUUUGAUGGAUGGGACAGAGUUAUGGGCGACUUGGUAGAAGUACCUUUUGUUUUGUUCUUCGAUGCUGACGAGGAGACUAUGAUCAACAGAAUCAUGGAGAGAAGCAAGACCUCAGGCAGAAAUGAUGAUAACAUCGAGUCACUAAAGAAGAGAUUUGAUACAUUCAAGAAGGAGACUAUGCCAAUUGUAGAUUUGUUUGACUCUAAUGGCAAGACUCAAAAGAUCAAUGCACUUAGAACUAUAGAUGAAGUCUUCGAAGAUGUCAAGAAGGCAUUCGAGCCAUAUCUCUGA